GUUUCCACCUUUAGUAGCGCCAAAGUCGGCGUUGUUUCGAAGUUUUUUUUUUGUUAUUUCAUUUCCAUUUGCAAAUUAUUAAGAAUUGUGUGUUGAUGUGAAGAUGUGUGAGGAAGUGCGCAACCUGAUUGACCUGACCGAGUGGGAUGAGCCGAACAAGGAGACGCUGUUCGAGGAGCCGGAGGACAUGGUCGCGGCGGGGAACUUCGAGGGACCCUACGAUCCCUUCGAUGCGAUGGAGAAGGAGGUUUGCCUGAAGGGCAUGACCUUAAAGACACAGAUCAAGGAGAAGGUCUGCGGGGCCGAGCGACAAUAUCCGGAUCUCGAGAGCGAAAGUCCGCCGGUUUGCAUGCAGCAGGGCCAGGAUGCGGCCGCCUCCUCCUGCUCCUCCUCCGGCGAGGCCACACAUAAGCGUCGCUUGAGCAGCUCGUUCCAGAAGCAGCUGCUCAAGCUGAAUGCCUCGCGAUCCGUGGCCAACACACCGCCGCCGCCCCAGAAUCGCUCCAAAUCGGAGUUCGAGAAGACGAUACUCGGUGAAAACCUACAGAUGCUGGCGGCCGAAUCGCCGCUGAAGCUCAUCGAGGACGACGACGUCAUGUCCUCCAGUAUUAAUUUCGAGGAGGAUCUCCGCAUGCUACGCAUACCCAUUCUGGACGCCCUAAAUCAAAAGGCAAAGGAUCGGGAUGAGGAGGAGCCAGAAUCCAACCAGGAUGUGGGCCAACUGCUGCAGCAGCUGAGGCUGCUGGUCCACGAGCAUGUGGAGCGGACCAAGUGGCAUCUGUUUGACAAGGCAAUCGCAGCCAUUGCGGCAGCCACAGACCAAAAAGCCAGCCAUUUACCCGUACCCCCCUCGUCCUACUCCCUCAACCGCCAGGGCACCUUUGAUCUCGAACUUCAGGGCACAAGGACAAAGCGUUCUUUCGACGCUUCCCAAGUACAAGAGGAGGAGGAGGAGACGGCGGCGGAGGAGGAGAUCCUAAUUCCCGGCAGCAAGGCUCAAAACUUUCCCGAUGCCAUGGUCUGCUCCUCGGCCACCUACGAUGGCGAAUCCCGCGCGGAUCCCUUUGAAAAGGACCUGCCCAUCAUUUCCAUGCCAGCGGAGCCGCGAAAGGAGCCCUACAUGACGCAGCUGGUGGACGAAACACUCGCUCUGCAGAUCAACGAGCUGCUGGAGCGGCACAAGCCGGGACAGGGACAGGUUGAUCCCAGGACAGUCAUUCUGUUGGUCAAUCCCAGCCAGCUCUCCAGCUAUCCUGCGUUGCCCCAGGCGACUCCAAUGCCCCUGGGCGAUGCCAACGCAGCAGCGGCGGGCAGCGCAAUGCGUCGCCGAUCGUCGUCGCUGUCCAUUCAGGACAAGUCCAAGCUGCCGGGCGAGGUGCUGAAGUCCAAUCGCCAGGUGGAGAACCUGCCGCCGCCUAGGGAGGCCAAAAGCACGGCCACUGUGGGUCCAAUGACCGCAGGAGGAGGCGGAGGAGCAGGAGCAUCCUCCUUUCGCCAGCGAAGCAACUCCUUUUCCAGCCAACCGACCACAAAGACCUACGAAAGCAGGCGCACCCUGAUGAGCAGUCGCCUGAGGACGCCGUCGAUAAACGAAUCGGUGGCCGUGGCACAGAAAUCCAAUGGCAAUGUAAAGGCCAUGAAGCCCAUUAAGCCCGUGGUGCCGAUGAUGAAAGUCACAACGAAUAACGAGUCUUCCACCUACCUGAAUCCCGUCCAUCCGCGUGUCCCGGACACGCCCAUUUCCUCGAGGACCCGGACGGCCGGCCAGAAGAUAUCCUGCACGAGCACACCGCUGCCGCAGAUGCGCACGCAGCAGCGCAGAUCGCUGAAGCCGAUGGGCGGCAUGCCGGGAUCCGUGGCCAAUGCCUCCUACUCGACGCCCUCCUUCCGGGGACCGAGUUUCGCCAAGAAGACCGGUUCCGGCUAGGAAGCACUAGCUUGUCCCGUGGCGCAAUGUCGCCUGAAAGUGAAUUUCCAUUCGAAUGUGAUGUCCGAGGUCAAGUCUUUAACCUUGGCUAUCUUAUCUCCCUAUAUAUAUAUAUAUGUUUUUGUUCCUUAUUCUUCUUUUCGCCCGACGUCACAAGAUAAAGCGAACUGAUAUGCGCAGCCUGAACCUAAUUUUAAACUUUAGACAAAUAGUACAACUUUAUAUUUGAAGAAUCAAGUCAAACUAAGCACAAGUUACAUUCACAAAGCGAUCUUUGUAUUUAAAAUCGUAAUAAUGCAUUUUCC